AAAAAUUGAAUUUGUUAAUAGAAUUUUAAAGUAUUUGAUUGCGCACAAAUAUAAGUUGGUGGUUUAUUAACGCCGAAAAGUCUCAGUUCUUGUUUCCACUUGCACACAGAAACCGCAAGCGUCUGUCCAGAGGUACCAAGCACCGGCGACUACAAUCUGUCUACAACACAAUUCCAAUUCGAAUUCCAGUUCCAGUUUCCAAUAAAAAGUACUAGUUAAAAUGACGGAGCGUUUGUAUAGCUGGACUGGCUGCGAUGGUGGCGUGGGUGAAAAUCCAUCCGGUGGCUACUAUGCCGUGCAAUCGCAGUUCUAUGCCCCGGCUCUGCCGCCCACCGCUCUCUGUGCCGACUACAAUAAUAAUGCUGGAGGCGCCACCGGAUUGCGUUACUUUAAUGGACUGGCCGGGUAUGCGGCGCCACCUGGCCUGUUGCCGCACAAGUAUGGUGGCGGGGGGCCGCCAGCAAUGCCCACCCAGGUGGAGGUGUGCCAAUAUGCACAUGCGAAUGGCAGCACCUCCUGCUACAAUCGCAACCGCUACAUGCCCUACAAUCACAAUCGGGCAUGCGCAGCGGCAGCUGCUGAGGCCGCUGUCAGCAGCCAUCCCCUGAUGGGUCAUCAGCCACAUCAGGCGGCGUCUAUGUCGUUGGGUGGCUAUGCCAGCAAUUAUCAGGCAACGUUUGCGCCCAUCUAUCAGCAGACAUCACCUCCGCUGGCCAUGUCCACAUCCUCGCUGCCCCAAUCGGUUAGCAGCAGCGUCAGCUCAGUUGUGUCCAGUGUCAGUGUUGCAGGCAGCGUGACAUCAUCGGCGGCAGCUACUUGUGGUGCAGAUUAUGGUUACAGCAAUGGUCUGAUCAAUACCAUGGCACCUAGCUCGGGCGCCUCAGUGAUGUCCAGCAGCUCCACUGUGGAGACAACGGGCGGGUCGGCAUAUGCCAGUGUCACGGAUCCCAACGAUGCGGUCACACUGCAGAUUACCAAUCUGGAUUACUCGCUGGAUGAGGCCAGUUUGCGUAGUUUCCUCAUGAAUCAACUGAAGCCCAUCACGCCCGUCGUCUCCCUCAACUUUGAGGCCAGCUCGUAUGCCAAGGUGACUGUGCCCGAUCUCUAUUUUGCCAAGCAGGUGGUAUCCAAUCUGCAUCGCAAGAAGAUUGGCCACAAGCGCAUGCUGGUCAGUUAUACGCGAGACUCUUCGCUCACCGAGAUCAAUACGCUUCGAUGCCAGGUGGCCGGACUGUUGAAGGAUGUUCCGUAUUAUACACUGCCGAUGUAUAAAUUCCGUGAACUCUUCCAGUCACGCUUCAAAACGUCGAUCAGUGUCUUGGAUUUGUACAAGAUGCAGGACAUCUGCACCAUCAACUCGGACAACAACGAGGAUAAAUUCAUCAGUCUGCAGCCGGAGCUGGUCAACACGCUGGAGAGCUCACCGCUGAUGGAGGGACUGCAGCACAGUGUGCCCUAUUGCACGGUCCACUUCAAGCGGGAGCAGCACAAGGGCUGGGCCGAGCAGGAGAUCGAACCAUUGCCCAAUGUCUGUAUGACCAUAGCAGAGAUCCAGCAGCUGAUAUAUCCAUUGCUGAAACAUCAUCCGGGCGAUAUACCCGUUGCCACGCUGCUGCACUGCAUCGAGGGACAGCUGAAGGUGCAGAUUGCCGCCAAUGAAAGUGGCGUCAAUUUGGAACAUCUCGUUUGCUGUGUCCAAGGCAUACAGAUCCAGGUGAACAACUUUGGCAUCAAGAUUCUCGGUUGGCUGGAGCUAAACAAGGAUCUGCCCUCGGCCGGCACGAAUAUGACCAAUGGCAGUGUAAAUCUGAAUAGUGCUGAUCGCGGAGCUGGCUCCAGCAGCGGCUACUUUAAGAACAACUCGGUGACCGAUCCACUGUUUCAGAUCUCACGCGAGGUCAUCGAACUGGUGAAAAUGUCACCCAAGUCCACAAUGAAAUUCAAUCGUUUCAUUCCGGCCUAUCACAAUCACUUUGGCAAACAGUGUCGCGUUGCCGACUACGGCUACACCAAACUGAUUGAGCUCUUCGAGGCGCUCUCCUCGGUCGUCCAGAUUAUGGGCGAUGGCGAGAAUCGUCAGAUAACCCUCACACAUCGCACCCAAAUCCGACGUUUCACAUCGGAUCUGUUGCGAGUGCUUCGUGCCCAUGGCAACAAUUCCGUAUUGCUUUCCCAAUUGCCGGGCAUCUUUGCCCAGACGCAGAAUCGCAAUUUCGAUGUCACCGAUUAUGGUGUCUGUGAUAUUGUGGACAUAUUGGAUGGUCUGGCCAACAGUCAUAUUGUGGUGCUCAGCACGGUGCAGCAGGGCAAGGAUAUCCUCAUCUCGAUGCCCAAGCGUAAGCAGACGAACAGUGAGCUGGAGAAGAUCUGCGUCUUCGCUGGCGAAAUGGUUGAGCUCUUCCAGAAUGCCCUCCAGUACACGAUACUGUUUCAGAAGUUUGUGCGCUCCUAUCACUAUCAUUUCGCCUAUCAGUGCCGGCUCAGUGAUUAUGGGUUCCUUAAGCUGGCGGACCUAAUGGAUGCCAUCAAUGGCGUUGUCGAGCUGGAGCUGACCAGCGAUGAGGACAAGAAGAUAAUGCUCUCACCGAAGGUGGCCCGGCGUGUGUUCUCGCAGCAGUGCGGCGAACUCAUACGGAAUGCCACUGGCAACUCGACCAACUGCAUGAAGCUGGACCAGAUCCUCAAGCUGCACAAGAAAAAGUAUGGCUAUCAAAUGCAGCCGCAAACCUUGGGCGUAACGGAUAUUGAGAUCGCCAUUGAGCUGCUGCCCUAUGUGGAGGUGCUGCACAAGGAGCAGGCCACGUGGCUGAUCUGUCACAACGAUGAUGCUGAAUUCCGGAAGCUCUGCUAUCGUGCCUGCAAACAGCUGUUGCAACAUGAGGCACUGCAAGACUCUGCCACAUCGCUCAAACCCCUGGAGCCGUUAAGUCAGACGCAAUUCAUUUCUGAUUUCAAUACCAAGUACAAUCUGCAAUUAACUGAUUCCUCACUGCAUGCAAUGCGACAUGCCAUUGAGAUCUAUGUGGAGUCGGAUGUGAACUGUGUGCGCCUCACCGGCUUCAUGCGCUUCCUGGUCUCCAUUGUGCGUCUCUUGGAGCAACGUCCCAGCAUGUAUCUGCACGAGCUAAAGAGCGCCUUGGAUUGCGGCCUGACCUCCACCUUUGAGUUUGGUUUCCCUAAUUUGUAUUCAGUGAUUGUGGCCCAUGAGGAUCUCUUCAGCAUUAACAUGGGUACCACCCAGGAGCGCAGUGAUGUGGCCCUGAACGUCAAUUGUGAACUACGUCUCAGCUCGAUUGCCAGUCAUCGGCAUCUGUUUGGCUCCUUAAAGAUGCCCUAUGCGAAGCAAAAGGCUCAGCGCAGCUCCCGCACACCGCUCGGGGAGCACAAUCGUCCACCGUUGGCCCAGGCACCGCCGCCACACAAGACUCGGGCCAUUGCCAAUGAGUAUGCGGGCAGUGUGAGUGUGAACAACGUGGCCUACAAGCCCCAAGUGAAGGUCAACAGUUUUCAGGCGUAUCAGGAGCAGUUUGCUGCUGCAGCUGCUCCUGCCAAAUGCUCGCCGCCAAGUGCCAAUUGCUCGGUGAUGUCAAGCACAUUGCUGAACAGCUCCGCCACCGGCAAUGUGAGCUUGUGCAGCAGCUGCAGCAACAAGGAGAACUCGCUGAACAGCUCGCAGCCAUUCUUCAACACCAGCUGCAGCAGCAGCUCCUUUAAUACAUCCAGUGAUUUGAACAGCAGCCUCUGCGCUGCCGAUGUUGCUGCCUCCAGUACUGCCAUAACGUCGACUAUGCCCUAUGCACAGUCUGGCAAGUUGUGGUAUCGCCGCCAGGCUAGUUUCUAUCAGCAUCAGGCUCAGCAGCUGCAACAGCAACAGCAGCAGCAGCAGCAGCAACAGCAACGGCAGCAGCAACAACAAUAUCAGCAACAGUCGACAAUGUUGCAGCACUCGUUGGAUGCUGGUCGAGAUUUGUAUGAUUUGGUCAGCUGCAAUGUGGCACCCAUAAGUUCCAUCUUUGAGCCGCCCAAGCCUGAUACGCCGCCCUCGGAGAAACUGCCCUUCUGGAUCGACCCCAUAUGGAGCAAUCAGCCGCAGCAGCCCAAGCACAAUUUGCUCAACAUCCGACUGCCAGAGAUAAAGGCCCUGAAUGUGCUGCCGAUGCUGCUUUCGCCCUACACUAUAUCGAAGCAUGAGAAUAUGAAGCGACAGUUGUUCAACUUUGAUAAUCACGAUCGCAAAAUCGCCUAAGUAUCCAUAUGAAGCAAUCAAUAGAUAGCAAAAUCGCAUUAUGGCAUAUAAAAAAAGAAAGUAUUUUAAGCAUAUUUGUUGGAAGAGACUUGAAACAUUUGUAGGCUACUGGUGAGCCUUAAGAUUGUAACUAAUUGAUUUAUUAUCGAUAAGCUUAAGAAUUGCAUUUGUUAAAUUCCUUUGGUCUAUGCGCCUUUUGUAAAUGCCAAUCUAAACUAAUCAUACUAUAAGUUUCUCCUUUUUAUAAAUUGUCACAACCAACACACACUUUGUAUUCUAGUUGU